GAACUCUUAGAGAAAGAAAAAGAAGAAGUACACCGACAGAAGUCCCUUUGAAGCGCCACAGACUCUUAUUUGUGUGUGUGAACAAGAUCUCCAACCACAUCAUUAGCGGCCUCAUUCAUUCCCCGUUAUCAAUUUUUGGGUUUUAGCAUCAUAUCAAAAAUAUACGAAUUUUUCGAGCAAAAGAAACUCGUGCAGAAAAUCCCAAUAUAGAGUGUGUUUUAAAUAAUUUGAAUACAUAUCAAAUUAUCGGAAAGUUGCAUGGUGGAUCGAGUCGGAUACAUAUAAAGGACGAGUCGAAGCGCAGGUAUAGCACUAUUUUAAUGGCGGCUGAUCAAGUUUGAAUUGAUCUGAUUCUGAAACCCUCGUAUAUAAAGCCGUUGUUCUCGAAAGGGUCUUCCUCACAUCUCGUUCUGGGAUUUACAUGUGCCUUCUGAAGGUGGCGAACCAGAGGAGCUCAGGUGACGGCGGGCCGUUUCAAGCUCAAAACGACGACGUUGUCCCCGUGGACUAUGAGGAAGCUAGCGGAGAAUUGAUGAGUAAUCAACUAGUACAAGGUGUUAGACUGCAACGACGACCUCAGUCGACUGUGUCGCCGUCUAUGUUGUUGGGGUAUAGUCGGCCGGAGGCGGAGAUGUCGGCGAUGGUGUCGGCUCUGACGCAUGUCGUAUCGGGACAGAGACAUGUCGUUUCGGGUUCAAGCGGUGGAGUUGCUUCAAGUUUCGGUCAAGUUUAUUCUGCUGCCAGUGGCAACUCUCCACCUUUAUCAGCUUUCUCUUCAAAUAAUAAUAAUACAUCUUCCUCUUCUGGCUCCCGGGCUGGUCAAAAGAGAGGCAGAGAAGAACAGACUCAAGCCCUUUUGAUGGAUCAAAGUAAUAGGCCUUAUGGAGGUGGCUAUGCUGAUUUCAGAGCAACUCAGCCGGAAUCUUCAACCGGUGCAACAACAACUGUUUAUGAAGAUGACACGAAAUCUGUCACCACUGCCGGUAGCACCGUCACUGCGACCGCUUCCACCGCAGUAAGAUCAGUUGUUGCUGAAACUGUUUCCCCAGAAGAAACCGGCGAGAGGAGAAGAAGAUACAGGGGAGUCCGGCAGCGGCCCUGGGGAAAAUGGGCCGCCGAGAUUCGUGACCCACACAAGGCGGCCAGAGUCUGGCUCGGCACUUUCGACACCGCCGAGGCCGCCGCCAGAGCCUACGACGAAGCUGCCUUAAGGUUCAGGGGAAACAGAGCCAAGCUUAACUUCCCUGAAAAUGUGAGAGUCAUACCACCACAGCAACCCCUCCAGAACUACGCUCAGUCCAUCAGUUCACAUUCUGCAUCAACUCAUUUGGCGCCAAACCGACCCGUACGGCCAUUGCAGCCUCCAACGCAGCCACUACAACACCAACAACCGCUUUAUCAGUCUCAACCUUUCCAGGGCUCCCCUGACUUGCUCAGAGACUAUCUGGACUAUUCUCAUUUGCUUCAGAGCUCCAUCGACAUUCACUCGCAACAACAACCCCAGCCGACGAAUUUCCUGGAGCAGAUGUACUACAAUUCCCAAUUAGCUUCACUUCAGUCCUCGCUAUUGCAACAACCACCACCCUCAUCAUCCACUGUGUCUUCCGCAUUGCCAUCCUCUGCUUCCUCCUCUGCUUCAUUUCCUCUGCUUUUCUCGGAUCAUCAGCAGCAGCUAAGUUUCUUCGAGGCGCCGGAGAAUCAGAAUCCGGGCGGUUCAUCGGGCUUUCCAGCACCAUCUUGGUCACAGUCCGGUCACAAUCAUUCGUCUUCCGGCUAAUACGUUCAUCAUUUUUAUUUCUUUAUUUUUAUUAAUCAGAAUAUUUUCUUGUUCCUAGGUUCUCAUUUCAAAUCAUAUAAAUAUACCCUGUUUUUUGCACGUAGUUUUUGGUCUUAUUGUUUUAUGUACUUAAAGGAGAAAAAAGCCAGGGAAGAAAGGAUUAUAGAGAUAGAAACAAAGCGGCACUUCGUAUUGUAGGUGAUAGUUUGUUCACAUAAGUAUUAGAAAGUAGAAACCUUUUUUUAACCUGGCUUGGUUUUGUGCUUUACGUUCAUAAAUCAAUUAAGAAAGGCCUUUGUCUUAUUUUUUUUU